AUGAAAUUUAUUAUCUUCAAUAUACUAGUUUAUUUUGUAGUUAGUGAAGUAGAAACUGUCUAUGAGGAUGGUGUUGAAUGGACUAAAAUGCCAAUCGAAUUUGAAGAAAUAGAAUAACCAGUUGAAAAUUUGUAAGGAGGUAAAGGUACUACAAAUUACGGAACUAUUGAUUAUGGAAUCACAGAAGAAAUGGCAAAGAUGUUUAAAACAUUAAAUAAUCCUGAUUAUGAUGUGAUAACUCGUCCCAUUAUUAAAGAUAUUGGAUUGGCAUUCUUUGAAAGUCAUUACUAAGGUUUUUGCAACACAGAUUAAUUCUUUGAAAGAUUAAUUUAUCAAGGCAGUAAUGUUGAUUUCAAUACCAUAAAUAUGAUUGUAUUUUAUUGUUCAUAAUAAGUACCAUGUGAAAAUGUCUGUAAAUGAGUUUAUGGUUGAAUUUAGCCUUAAAAAUUGGGACAAUGAAAAAAACGACUUUUAAAUCAAAGAAUUCACCAAGUGUGAAAUUUAUGAGAGAAAAGAAAAAAAAUAGGACUUAUGAAUAAUAUUUUAUAUUGUUUUUAAAUAACUGGG